AUGAGGGAGCUUUGGAGUUGUUCGAGUUGUGUUGGAUUCAUGGUACUGGCGCUCCUGGCAGCUCCUGGCACGAUAGCUACCAACGACGAUUAUCAAAUUCACAAGUGGGAAAAGAAUUAUGAUCUCCUUCGCCAUCCUAAACGCGAGGCCUCGUGUCAGCAAUCAGGUUAUUAUCUAUGUUCGGCCUCAGUAAAUGGCGGGUGCUGUCCUGAGGGCUACGCUUGCGCCGUAUCAUCCUGCUAUGCUACAACGGGAGGGCCAACAUCGGCGUGCGGACAAGACGGGUAUUAUAAUUGCCCAUUAACCGCUGGUCCAGGUGGUUGCUGCCCUACAGGUUACAUAUGUAACGAUACUGGGUGCCAGGCGCCGGCUACGUUAUCGGUAUCGGAGACGUGCCGUGCAUCCUUCUUUGCCUGUACAGCAUCUCCAUACGGGUGCUGUCCGAACGGAAUGACAUGCGGUAGCUACACUUGCUAUGGCCCCCCAUCGACGUACACGGUUAGCGAGGCGGUGACAACUACUGAUUCAAAAGGAAGCACAAUCACGACGGAAGUUACGACCAUAACAGUUAUCACACCAAGCGCAUCAGCUACAUCCGCCACUGCCGUAGGUACACCAAAAUUAGUCGCCAGCACCGUCUCAAAGUUGCCAUCCAUCGAGACCGAUACUAGCACUAGCAGUGGUGGAGGUGGCGGUCUCAGUUCGUCCCAGAUAGGCGGCAUAAUAGGAGGUGCUGUCGCUUUGCUUGUCGUCAUCGUUCUAAUUGCGGGAAUCGUCAUAUGGCAGCUGAAGCGUACCGAAAAAGCUACUAAAGCGGCCGUCGAAUCUAAGCAAGAGUCUUCCAGCGACCAACCUCGCUCGCAGAAAUCGCUAUUCGGGAAGACUACGAUCUCAGAGGUCGACGGGAUGGAUGCGGACUCCGUCGCCCGCGCCCGAAACGCACACCUGCGGUCCCUAUCCGACGAUUCCACCGUCGGUGGGCGGUCACCAGCUCAAACGCCAAAUCUGUACGGUUCUAAUGCGUCGACGACGCCUCCCGUUUGGCAAGGGUACUUUACUCGAUUGCCGCCUUCCGACUCUUCCGACGGUCGCGAGUCGAGUAUGGAUUCUUAUGCGCGCCACGAUAACGGGGGUUUCCCACAACGAGGUAGCGUCGAUUCCCAAGGGCCCCAUGGGCAUGCUCGCCAUGUUAGCAACGCCAGCGAACUCGACGGCAACGCCAACAGCAUCUCGGAGCUGGGCGCCAACGACGCGAGCGAUACCCACGAGUCGGGGCGACAACGGUCUAGCAGUAUCACGAAAACCCCAAUAACACACGUCAGGCGGGGCAGCGACCCGUCCAGUUCCUCGCGAGGCGCGCGCGACAACAGUGACACAACGAUAGGAAACCCGCUCGGGACGCUUUCGGAAGAAAAUGAAUUGCAUGGAUAUUACGGGUCCCCGGAUUUCGUGGUCGGACAAACGGCCGCCAAGUUGUAUCAGAAGAAUGCGUCCGCGAGUUCGUUAGGUACCAAGGCGGAGUGA